GCCGCCUUACUGCACGCAUACUUCGGGUGCGGAUAAAUAAAUAAAGGGCUCGGGAAGCUGAGACGCUCUAUUCAUCGCCUUCAUCGCACAGCACAACCCUAGCAAUGAUCUACGACGUGAACUCUCCCCUCUUCCGCUCCUUCCUCAGCCAGAAGGGCGGAUCUUCGGAUAAGCGGAAAAAUGAAGAGCAGAAGCCAAAGGAGCAGAGGCCAAAGGCAAGUGAGAACAAGCCUGUCAUGACCGAGUGACUCAAUAACUUGGAACAACAAAGAGUAGUAUUUCCCUUUCUAGUCUGUUAUAACAUUGUUGCUAUGAUGAACCUUUUAGUUUACCAGCUUUGCCUUUGUUGAUGUAUCUGUAAUGUUCUGUAACUCUCAUUUCCUUGUCCAUACUGACUUGUAUUAAUCAUAAAAAAUCAACUUUAUUAAGUUAACCAAUAGUUCUAUGGCGUCUUGCUCAAAA